AUGCCGGGACUUGAACCCUGGUCUCUCGGGGGGAAUGGGGAGGGAGAAGGGGAUGGGGAGGGAGAGGGGGAUGGGGAGGGAGAGGGGGAUGGGGACGGAGAGGGGGAUGGGGAGGGAGAGGGGGAUGCAGGGGAUGCGCCGCCUCAUAGCUCCCUGUUCCCAUGCGUCGUUACCCCUGAGGUCCCCGUCUCCCCAUCCCCCCUCUCCUCCUCCCCCAUCAACCCCUCCCACAUCUCCCCCUCCCCUCACACUCGCGCUGCUUCCCACGCGCUCGCACUGCCGCCCUCAAUCGCACGCCUGUCUCGCCAGCACCACCAUGCGUUUCAAGCGGCUCGCUCCCUUCUAAUUCGGUGUCUGCCUCUCCUUCCCCCGCCUCACACCAAUUCUCUCCAAACUUGCUGCCUUCAUCCACCCCUCCACAGCGCGUCUCCACGCACCCUCUCUCGCGCAUGCCCUCUCACACCUUUCCCCCGUUCUUCCCCCUUUCCCGCCCGUCCCCACCAGUCCCCACCCCUCCGCCUGCGCCUUCUCCUCUCUUCCGCCCUCCUGCCCCCCGUUCUCCCACCCCUCGCUUCAUUUCCGCCAAACCCAGACCAAACGCGCUAG